UGCACACUCCACAAUGUGUUUAUUUUAAUCAUCCAUUGUGAUAAGGCUCUUUGCCUUGUAAUGAACUCCACCUCCACUGAACAAUCACAAUCCUAGUUUUCUUGAAAUUCUUUGUAAUGGGCUGGAAGAAACCGUAUUGCAAACCUCGUUAUGCCUCUUCUAAUUCUCACAAGCUCUAUUACUGCAGAACUUCUUUAACUAUUUUAACGUUAGCUCUAUUGUUUGGGUCAGCUGUUUACGUUUUCACGCCCGAAACUCGCUUCUGGGAACCUGGAUUCUUGCAUCAUGAAGCAAGGUACAGAGGGGAUUUGCGUGACUUAAACUCCCCCUGGAAUAAGCUCUGUUUUGGACCGACGUCUGAGAAGCUGAAGAUCGCCGUUUUCUCCAAGUCAUGGCCUACCGGUCCGUCCCCCGGCGGGAUGGAACGUCAUGCUUCGACUUUGUAUUCGGCCCUGGCUAGUAGGGGGCACAAAAUCCAUGUUUUUACAGCGCCUUCAGAUAGGCAGCAACGUAGUGAAGUGAAAGAAGGCAAUCUCAGUGUGCAUUUUGCAGCAAAUGAUCAUGGAUCAGUGAACUUUUCUCUGGCGUAUGAGAUGUUCCUGCAGGAGAACGGUAGUGGAGAUUUCGACUACGUGCACACUGAGAGUGUGUCGUUGCCUUACUGGCGGGCGAAAAUGCUGCCUAAGGUUGCUGUAACGUGGCAUGGGAUAUGGUAUGAGAUCAUGCACUCAAAGCUGUUCCAGGAGCUUCUUGCCAACCCGAAUGGCCUGUUUCCGGGGCCAACAACUGAGCUUCAAGAAGCAAUGCCCCGUCUUCUUGACGAAAUCAGGUUCUUCUCGAGUUAUUCACAGCAUAUAUGCAUCAGCAACAGCGCUGGUGAGGUGCUGAGGAACAUAUAUCAGCUGCCUCAGAGAAAUGUUCAUGUGAUACUCAAUGGGGUUGAUGAGAAAAAUUUUGUGUUUGAUCCUGAGGCAGGGUUGAGGUUUAGGAAAAAGCACGGCGUUCCGUCAAACGUCAGCUUAGUGAUGGGAGUUGCGGGCCGGCUGGUUAGGGACAAAGGCCAUCCGCUGCUAUACGAGGCAUUUUCCUCGAUAGCAAAGCAACAUCCGGGGGUUUUUCUACUUGUGGCUGGAUCCGGGCCGUGGAGUAAAAGGUACUCGGAGUUGGGGCCAAAUGUGAGGGUAUUAGGUGCACUGGAACCAUAUGAGUUGUCUGAUUUCUACAAUGCUCUUGAUUUGUUUAUAAAUCCAACUUUGAGGCCUCAGGGGCUUGAUCUUACGUUAAUCGAAGCUAUGCAUUGUGGGAAGCCGGUCUUGACGACAAAUUUCCCAAGCAUAACUGGGACUGUGGUUCUCAGUGGAGAAUAUGGAUACACAUUUUCCCCAAAUGUGGGAUCCUUAGUAGAAGCCCUGAAUUUGGCCAUAAGAGAUGGGUUGAAAUCUUUGCAAGAAAAGGGUAUGUUCUGUCGAAAACAUGUGCUUUCGAUGUUUACAGCGUCUAAGAUGGCAUUGGCCUAUGAGAGAUUCUUCCUCUGCAUGAAGAACAGCAAAUACUGCCAGUACCCUCUUCCCACAGACUGUUAAGACAGAAAAAUACCUGAUCUUUUCUGAUAUAUUUAUGCUUCACAUACAUUAUUUAGUACUGGAUGUUUGGGCUUCAUAGUCAGGGGAACUAUCACAAGAAACACAUUAGUACUGUUUUAAACAGUAAAAUUCCAGCUGAUUCUUGCAAUGGAGUAUUAUUACCAAACAGUUU